UUGACAAUGCAUUUCCGCCAAUAACAAAGCUGCUAGCUCGUAUUAGCUCCCAGUGUUUUGUUGCUGCAUGUCUUUGUCAAGUGUCGUAAAACCAUUUGGUAAUUAUUUUACGGUUGUAGGUUUACUUGGAAUAUAAUUACCCUUGUAUUUUACAAUUUCCAUCAUGCAUAAUGAUCUAUAUCGUCGAUCGUAAACGUCGGCCCAGCGUUAGCCGGACAUGCUGCCGUAGCGGGUCGACCUGACUGCUGCUGAAUCUCGAGCUGGUGAUAAACAUGUCCUGAGACUCGAGUCAGACACGGAGCAAGUUCAGCCAUUCAGACUCGGGUCAAAGCAGAGCAGCUUUCCAGUGUGAUUCUGUUCCCUGAUCGCAGGUUUUCCUCCUGAUCCGCACGGACUGCAGAUUUGCAAAAAUGAAGAUGUUCUCAGUGGCACACAAGACCGUCUUUGUAGUGGACCACUGUCCCUACAUGUCAGAAUCCAGUCGUCAGCAGGUGGAGUGUGACGUGUUGACAAAGAGCCGAGCUCAGGGGGUUAUUCCUCUGGCCCCCGUGUCCAAGUCUUUGUGGACCUGCGCUGUGGAGUGCUCUUUGGAGUAUUGCCGGAUCCUCUAUGAUGUUUACCCAAGGGACAAACUAGUAAAUUAUAUUGUGAGUGAUUCAGAGUUUCACAUUUUAAACACCUGGAGACGAGAAGAUCAGAGCACUCAUGAGCUCAUGUCAGCUCUGGCAGCUGUUGGGCCACCAAAUCCACGUGAGGAUCCAGAGUGCUGCAGUAUCUUGCAUGGCCUAGUUGCUGCGGUGGAGUCGCUGUGCCAGAUCACGGAGUUGCAGCAUGAGAAGCGCACUGCUUUAAUGGACACAGCAGAGAGAGUUGCCAAUCGAGGCCGAAUCAUCUGCUUAACCAACGCAAAAAGUGAUACUCAUGUGCGCAUGCUGGAGGACUGCAUCCAGGAAACCAUUAUAGAGCAAAACAAGCUGGCUGCAGGCUCAGACAGGCUGAUGGCUAUCCAGCAGUGUGAACUGGUCCUAGUUCACAUCUACCCACAGGGUGAGGACACGCUGGUGUCUGACCGGCCCAGGAAAGAUAUCUCAGCUCUGCUCACCAGCGAGGUUCACAGUGUUCGUGCUGGGAGGCACUUGGCCACCAAACUCAACAUUUUGGUCCAGCUCCAGUUUGACUUGGCCUCCACCACCAUAACAAACAUCCCGAUGAAGCCCACAUUAAAUGUUUGCGAACAGGAAGAGCAGCAUGCCAACACGUCAGCUAAUUAUGAUGUCGAGCUCCUGCAUCACAAAGACGCUCAUCUGGAGUUCUUUAAAAGUGGAGACUUGCACAUGGCCGGCACCAGCACUCGAGAUAAUACGCUUAAAGAGACGGUGACGCUGAAGUGGUGCACUCCAAGAACCAACAGUAUAGAGCUGCAUUACUGCACCGGAGCCUAUCGCAUCUCUCCCACAGACGUAAACAGUCGCCCCUCGUCAUGUUUGACAAACUUUCUUCUUAACGGUCGAUCCGUGCUGCUGGAGCAGCCCAGGAAGUCGGGAUCAAAGGUCAUUAGCCACAUGCUCAGCAGCCACGGCGGCGAGAUCUUCCUGCACGUGCUCAACAGCAACCGCUCCACCUUAGAGGACCCGCCGUCCAUCAGCGAGGGCUGCGGGGGUCGAGUGACUGACUACAGAAUCACCGAUUUUGGUGAAUUUAUGAGGGAGAACCGGCUGACUCCUGUUUCUGAGUCUUCCCAUGAUCCUUCAGGGAAGCUACCAGCAGAGAGGGCCAAAGGUCAACUGGAACGCUACACCAGAUACUGGCCCAUGAUCAUCUCCCAGACAACCAUCUUCAACAUGCAGGCGGUGGUGCCCCUGGCUAACCUGAUAGUGAAAGAGACUCUCACCGAGGAGGACGUUCUGACCUGCCAGAAAACCGUCUACAACCUGGUGGACAUGGAGAGGAAGAAUGACCCACUCCCCAUUUCAACUGUGGGGUCCAGAGGCAAAGGCCCAAAGAGGGAUGAACAGUACCGCAUCAUGUGGAACGAGCUGGAAACCCUGGUGAAGACUCACGCCGGCGCCACAGACAGACACCAGCGAGUCCUGGACUGCAUUGUCGCCUGCCGCAGCAAACCCCCCGAGGAGGAGGAGAGGAAGAAGAGGGGGAGGAAGAGAGAAGACAGGGAGGACAGGACAGAGAAAAACGGCAGCAAAGAGACAGAAGACAAAAGCUGGCAGGACUCUGAAAGACUGAAAGGUUUGCUGGAGAAGGAAGAGCCAGAGUCGGAGGUGAUCAAGGAUUCACCGGACUCACCAGAGCCGCUCAACAAGAAGCCUCGGCUGGUCCAGGAGGAGGUCCAGCCUCCGGAGAGAGCAAAAGGUCCCGUCUCCCUCCUCACCAUGUGGACCAACCGGAUCACCGCGGCCAACUCCAGGAAACACCAGGAGUUUGUGGGAAGAGCCAGUUCAGUCAACAACAAGUUUGAGUUGUACCAGCAUCUCAAAGAUGAGAACGGGAUGGAUGUUCAUGAAAAUGGAAAGGCCUCCAGAUGAUUUUUUUGUUUGUUUUUUGAAAGCUUUGUUGCUUCAGUUCUUCUGAAGAUUGAGGACCACAGCGUUGUUGUUUUCCAGACCUGGGAGUUAUCGUAUACUCUCACAUAAAAACUUUGGAUAAAAUGGACUGAACUAUAAACAAGAAAAUUUAUAAUUUUUUUAUCCCCAGUUUUGUAGAUAUGCUGUUCACAUAUUGUAUAACACAUUAAAAGUUGUC